CGACGCGCGUCUUGGUACAUGCUCUGCUCGCCUGCUGUAUCUUUGAAAUACUCUUCAACACACUACAAGCCCUAAUCGCAACUCUCCUGUAUUCCCAAUGACUGUGUUCCAUCCGUCUUCAGGCUUUAACCCCAAGAGUUUCAGCUCUGCCACCCUCAUCAUCCCCGCUGUAUCCUUGGGAAACGUGCCUCAACUCACUGCCGACUUACUGAUAUCUACUCUGGGUCUUAAGCGAGUUGGCUUCCUUGGUAACGGUGACACUGUCGCCCCAUUUGCUGGCGUAGGAGAGAACGGGGAGGUUGCCACAGGAGGACUGGAAGUUUAUGGCCAAGAAGGAAGCGAGCUCUAUGUCGUGCAGCAAAGGUCACCUACUCUCAAGACCAAGAAAGAUGAGCAUGUCUCCGUCAUCAGCGAAUUUGCGCAGGGGAACGAGUUCGGUUUCGUCCUCGUCGUCACCAGCUUGGACUCGGCCCACCAAGACGAUGUUCAGCUCUUGACCCCCUAUCAGCACAUAUUACCACCCACUAUCGUCUCUUCAGUUCCACCUAUAAUCCAGCGUAUCAAGAACCUCCCGCCUCUCUCCCUUGCCAUUUCCCAACCUUCUUUCGGUCCUCGGUCAACUUCUCGCUACCCUCCAUUCCUUCCAGCUGCCGGUCUCACACGCCGUCUACUCUCUGCAUUCUCCGAGGAUCAAAAAAAGAUUUCCCAUGGCGCCGUGACCGCCUGGUGCGUGGAAGGCGACAACAGAGGAGAUGCCCGGGGGCUUGCAGGGAUCGUGCUCGGCGUGCUCGGCAUAGCGAACGAUGUGGACAUUCGGGAACCCGCUUCAUGGGAAGGAUUGUUCGGGACUACCGAUGGGUGGAGUGGUGGGUUCGGGGCGGACGCAGAACUCUACGGAUAGAGGACUGAAUGGAGCUAGUACGACGAGACACUGCUUCUAUGAACGUCCAUCCGCUUCUCAGAGAUCUCCUUCGUCAGUGCUCUCCUUCGCCGUGCGGGGCGUCACAGCUUGAUCUAUAGCAGCGAAGCCCUCCGAACAGCCGCAUAAGCCCCACGCCAGAAUUGUCCUUUCUCCAGACUGCUCCUUUGAAGCAAAGCUCCGCAAGAAUGGAUUCUGGCUCCACUUUGCUCGGGCUUCCUCUCACUGCAGCUAUACAUGACAUUUCGACAAAGGGCAUCAUGCUAAAAAGGCCCGAGUGGCAAUGAGACACCAAGUGUCUUUGAUGGAAUAAGAGAUCUUUGGCGGAGUGGGGCAUUGCCCGGUA